AUCGUCAUGUCUAAUGUGUCAAACACACGUGUGUUGCUGUCGAAAUGCACUUUAGUGCUAUUAAAAAACAAUAAGUUUUUUUAUAUGAUAAAUGUUAAAUUACUAUGAUACAAGUUAUUUAUAAUUAGUAAAACACAAACAUGAAAAACAAACCUGUAAAGCAUAAAACAACAAAUACCUUUCGCUUUGUACCUUUUGCUGAGCGCAUAAAUUCAAUAGAUAUAAGACAUGCUGCCUUGUAUCACAUUGAACAUGCUUAUUCAAGCCAGCCGGGUGAAAACGAGACACAUUUUCACUUAGCCUUGCAAAAAUGGCAUGGUCUUAACCUGACUGAAAAGUUUAAAAAAUUUAAAAAAGAUGUGUUUGGUAUUGUGACUGUUCCGCAACUAAUUCACAAAAAGGAUGAAGUGCUGUGUCUCCUAGAAGAAUAUUUGAAAUUGGAAGAUCAAUUGUGCUUACAACCAUUACUCGAGAUUUUAGUAUCAUUAGCGAAAGAUUUACGCAGUGACUUCUAUCCACAUUUUCCUAAAUUCCUAGACAUACUAAUAAAAUUAUUAAACACAAAAGAUGCAGAGAGACUGGAAUGGACAUUAGUAUGCUUAGCGUUUUUGUUUAAGACUUUGAAACCAUACUUGAAAAAGGAUAUAGGAGUGAUAAUUGUAAGAAUCAUACCUCUGUUGAGUGAAUCUCAACCACAAUAUAUAAAUAAUUUUGCAGCCGAAAGCUUUGCAUUUGUGGCUAGAGAUAUAAAGGAUAAAAAGAAGUUUAUUGAACUCAUUCUUAAUUACUUGGAGAAAAAUGAUAAUUCCAUUGCAGGCUGUGGACAUCUAUUCUUUGAAAUAUUGAGAGGUGUUGGCAACAAAUUUCACAGUUGCAUUGAAAAUUUCUUACCACUGUUACUUGAACACCUUAAAAACAAAAAGGCACAUCAAGACAUUCUGUUCAGAGUAUUGACACAGACAUUUGAAGAUUGUCUACAAGGCAUAUCACCUAAAGAAUUCAACAUUUUCUGGUCCUGUAUACAUAAGUUUACUGAAGACAUUUUAAAAGAAAAUGACGACAAUGCAGCUUUAGAAUAUAUUCUAAGAUUAGCGGGUCAAGUAAUAGAACACAUGAAUGGAAAGUAUUUGACAAACCCACAACAAUUUACACUUCUUCUAGUAAAAGUUAUUUGUGAGCAAUCAUCAGAGAAAGUUCUGGAAGUAUGUUCCCAGCUUGGAGCCUUAAUGCUCCUUUCAUCCAAUAUUUCUCUGUCCCAGGAACAUGCUGGAAUUUUAGUGAAAGUACUGCUCCCUCUGCCGUUUCCAAAUAUUCUUAUAAAUUUUGUGGAAAGUAUUGUCAAUUAUUCACAAUUCGAUGUACAUAUUUUACCCGCGUUUGUAAAAUUCGUAAUCCAGUCAAACUUUGAUAAUGAUGCGGUAGCGACACUCGCAAAAAUCUGCCUUACCAAGUCUCCAGUUUCUAUGAACGGCUUAAAACUAUUUGAGUGGAUUAAAUAUCCUAUUAACUUUGGGAAAGGCUUGCCUCAGCUGAUGGAUUACAUUAAUACUGUUUUAAAUGAGGAUCUUGAAAAUAUAGUUGAAAAUCCUAAUAAAUUGGUAAAUGUAUUGUUUUGCCUACCACAUAUAGAAAACCUCGAUGUUGAAAUUUGUAUUAAAAUGUUGAGUGGUCUGAUAUCACAACUUCUAAAAGUAUUAACUAGCUACAAUCUUGAUGAACAACAAGAGAUAAAUAAAUUCCACUGUGACACAACUGCUUUGUCAAAAUGUGCAAGAAAAAUUAUGUUCCUGUUAGCAACAACAUUAGAAUGCUCCAUUCAUAUAUCAAAUUGCAAGAAAAUAAAGGAAAUAUGUGAUAUUGAUACUCUGCUACCUAUUUUGUUGCCUUGUGCUUCAGAUCCUAAUUAUUUAGUAGCAUUGCAUGUAGUUGAUCUAUAUUUAACUGCAUACGAACAAGAAAAUGGUUUGACAUACCCAUUUUUGUCAUUAGUGGACUCAUAUUUGAGGAUAAACAUAUCAUCUCCUUUUCACAUCGUACGUCUUUUAACUACGCAUAUUUAUAAAUUAUUUGAAAAUAUUGAAGAAUUGAACAAAACAGUCCAAGUAGGAGGCGAAACUGAAAGAUUUUCUAUUUUUAGUAACUGUUUUACUGUUGAGUCUACACCAUCUUCUAUACAAGAAUACAGGGCACAGUUGAAUAUUUUACAAAAAAUGACAUUUAAUACUUCACAAUAUGAACUGGCAAAAAAGACAGAAUUUCAUCUAUUUGCCUUAAAUUAUAUGUUAGGCGUUUUGUACAUUAAUUUUAAAUUAUUAUGGGAGCCAGUAGGAGAAUUUAUAGCUGGUUAUGGUAAUGCAUUAAGUGCUGAAGAUUUUUGGCCUACAUUUUAUAAAGCAUUAGAAUCAUCAUUUGAAAAUGCUAAAAUGAAUUUAAAAGUUUUUCAAUUUGAAGACGACAUUGUAACUGGUAAUGAUAUUCUAAAACAACUGUAUGCAGAUCACAACUGUAUACCCGAAAGACCAGAUUUGCAUAAUUACAGAAAUUUAAUUUUGAAAAUAAUGACAAAUUGUAUACAAGUUUGUGAAGCUAAAAAUAGAGAUGUAGUUAAUUUGUUUCUAAAUUUUAUAGAAGAUGAAUAUAAGAAUAAUGCUUCUGUGAAUACACUUAGAAUCAAUAUAGAGGCAUAUGAUAAAACAAAAAUGGAAGCAGAUGAUAAUGAAAUAAAUGCAGAAGAAGAUACUAUUGUAGAAAUUCCAGAACAUGAUUUCAAAGACUCAGUAUCAGGCAAAAUAGUUUUUAAAACUUUGAUAAAUGUAAUGCAAGUUUUGGCGCACUUUAAAAAUCCCAGAGCUCUACAUAAGGAACCAGAAUUUUGGGAAUUAUAUAUGGAAUUUUUGAAACAUAAAAAUCCAGGGCUUCAGAAGUUUGCUUUAGAUUGUGUUCUUAAUUAUAAAAAUAAAAGUUUAUUACCAUACAAAACUAAUUUGCAGAAUUUAGUUGAUGAAAAUAAAUUUAAAGAUGAAAUGACACAGUUUAAAAUAACUGAAGAUUCACAAGCCAUCCAACCAGAGCAUAGAAAAGAUGUUAUACCAAUUGUACUGAGAAUACUUUAUGGUAAAAUGACAUCAAAGUUAGGCGCUGAUAAAAAAGGAGGAGGACAAGCUCGAAGAGCUUUAGUAAUGAGAUACAUAAGUGGUUGUAGUGAAAAUGAGCUGAAAAUGUUCAUAGAAAUGGCAUUCUCUCAGUUGAAGCAAUACAUGACUAUGAAACCAAGAGAAAUAUAUACGGAUAUAACAAAUAAAUUAGACCUAAAAUCUGUCAUAAGUCCUGGAAAAAUACAAAGCAUUUUAAAUCUGUUUGAUGUUGUACGAGAGUAUUUUGGAGGUUAUAUGAAGGAUACAUUAUUGUCAGACUUCUUAAAAAUAUUCUUUGCAGUUUCUUCAAAUCUAUCAGGUGUCCUUCAAAAUACUGAUAAAGUUCAUGUUAGUUAUAUUAAAGUUAUGAAGCAUCUCCGGUCAAUGACUAUAAGUAUAUUAGGAAAAUUGUUUGAUCAAUUUGAAAAAUAUGUUUGGACAAAUGAUGAGUUGUUUGUUAUAUUUGAAACUUUGGUUUGGCCUCUUGUUACACGUCUGCAUAUUGAAGGUAUCCAUAGUCCAACAGUAUUAUUAAAACUAUUUAAUAUUUGGUGUCAAAAUCCUAGAUAUUAUGUAUUGUUAAUAACAUGCUCUGAAGAUGGUUCCUUAUUGAGUCCACUACCUGCGAUUUUCAAACUUUUGCUAGCACCAAAGACAAAUCCUGGAGUUGUCAAUUUUGUUUUGGAUAUGAUUGAAAAACUGUUAACCUUGACAGAAGAUGAAGAAGAAAAAGAUAUUCCUAGUAUAGAAUCAUUUUCUACAUUAAAAGUAGUUGGAGAUGAUAAACUUGACAUGAAUUUCGGUAGCAAAAUUUUGAUUCCCCAUUUGCCGAGUAUUUUAGAGGUUAUGAAGAGGCGAAUUGCUAAUUCAGCUAAAUCUAACACGGUUAAUAAGAGAGACCUUUUAAUUUUGUCAAGAGUAACAGAAAUGGUCACCACUCCUGAAAUGUGUGAUGAGUUACUGAAUCUCCUACUGCCUAUAUUAGUGAAAAAAGUUUGUAUGAAUAUGGCUGAAGAAAAUAUGGAACAUGCUGUCAAUACCAUUAUUAAUUUACUUGGACAUAGCUCAAAUCCUCAACAAUAUAUUAAAAAUAUUGCAGUCUUGUUUAAUAAAGUGGGACCAGUAGAAGUUAGAAAACUUCUUAUUAAAUUGCUGACUUCAAUUGCAGAGAGUGCAACUGUUGAUAAAGAUAAAUUGUCUAAAAUGGCGCACGUUAUCACAGAAAUGAAUGCUUUUAAUAAAAGAUGGAUAGAACAACCAGACUUUGAUCGGCGACUUGACGCUUAUAAACUUAUAUAUCGAAUGUUAGAAUCGGAGGAAAUUGAUGUCGAUCUUACAAUUUUAAUUGUUAACAAUUGUUUUUUCUUCAUACGUACCGAGAAAGACAUAGGACUACGUGACACUGCUGGCUUGUGUCUCAAAAAGAUUCUUCCCAAAUUAUUAUCCAAAUACCGUUCGACUCACGACGGACAAUUUUUAGUUCGAGACACAGUUCUCUCUCUCAUAUCAACUGGUAUAAGAGAUAGCAAAAAUGACAUAUUACACAAUGAAAGUAUAAUGUUACUGGGAGAAUUGGUACGAGAAUGUCCAGAUGCUGAUGUAGUUUUGUCGGAUUUGGCUCCAUUAACAAACAAAGAAGAUAGAGAAGUUGAUUUCUUCGAUAAUUCUUGUCACCUUCAGCUACAUAGACGUGUAAGAGCACUACUGAAAUUUAGCAAAGUAGCCAAAAAGAUGAUCAAAUGCCCUACACCUCGAACACUUACUAACUUUAUAUUACCUUUGGCUUCAAUUUAUAUUUGUGAUGAUAAAUACAGUGAUAAAAAUUCACUUAUAGACGCGUGCAUUGAAGUCAUUGCAACUUGUUGCAGACUGUUGCCAUGGUAUCAUUAUGAAGUCAUACUAAAAUUGUAUUUGAACAAAAUGAGACAUUCAACAGAACACCAAAAACAACUCACACGUAUAUUAAUCGGUAUACUAGACGCAUUCCAUUUCGACUUCUCUAAAGUUAAAAAUUUAGAAUUACCGAAAUCAUUGACUGUUAGCAUAAAAACUAAUAAUAUCACUGGAUUAACAAAAACUAAAAAGCUCGAUGAGAAACUUGAUGAAAGUAAUAAAGAGAAAGAUGAUGAAAGUAAAAAUGAAGAAGACGAUUCUGAAAAUGAAAUUGAUGAAAAUGAAGCAAAUAAUAAGACGACUGAGAGAUUAGAAGAAUUAGAAACGGAUUUACUAACGGGAGAGGAAAAAGAUGAGGAAACCCAAACUAACAAAGAAGUAGACAACGAACCAGCAUUUGAAAGAAUUACAAUUGUAUCACCUUCAGUUGCUAAUAGAAUAAUUAAAUCUUUAUCUGCGGGAUUACUACCCCAAUUGAAUAGGGCAAUUGGCAAAUUAACUGAACAUGAAGAGUCUCACAAGUUAAAUAGACGUCGUACAGGAAUGGUACGCUUAGAGGAAGACAUGUUAAGAGUUCCCAUAGCUUUAGCAUUAGUGAAACUCCUCCAAAGAUUACCGGGGGAUAUAUUAAGGUCUCAACUACCUGGGAUUAUCAUCAAAUUAUGUUCCUUUUUAAAAUCACCCUUAAAGCAAGUGAGAAUAACGGCAAGAGAUAUUGUAAAGAAGAUAAUGUUAACAGUCGGAACAGAGUACUUGGGCGUGUUAUUAGAGCAUUUAACGCUUUUACUUACACGCGGGUUCCAAGUUCACGUACUAGUUGCUACAAUCCAUACUGUCUUAGAUGCCUUAAAAUCUGACUUUAAACCUGGAAAUAUAGACCAAAAUCUUGAUUAUAUACUAGAUGUUUGUACCAAUGACUUAUUUGGAUCUCUGUCAGAAGAGAAAGAAGUAGAUAAACUCCACUAUAAAACCCCAGAAGCGAAACCGAGCAAGAAAAGUUAUGUCACCCUCUUGAUUGUAGCACAGAAUAUUACUGAAAAAUGUCUAAUAAAUCUCCUUUUACCUUUCAAAGAAGUGUUGCAAAAGCAUCAUUCAAAGAAAAUCGUGGUUAAAGUUCAAGAAGCAUUAAUGCAUAUAACAAGUGGCUUAGUGACAAACAAGUUUAUAGAAGUUGAAUCUCUUUUUGUCUUUCUGCACGGUCUCGCUUCAGAAAGUAUACCGGAAUUUGUUCUAAGCGCUCCCAAGCGUGAACUAACAGAGGCUCAAAGGGAAAAAAUGUUAAGAGCUAAACUAGACUGUUUCAUAGUACCUGAAAUACCGAAACGCAAUAAAGAAUUUCAAGCGAGACAUGUAAAGACGUCUUCUAAAACAAACGCCCAUGUUAUCAUCGAAUUUAGUUUGAAUAUUUUGUAUGUGAUACUUAAAAGGGAAAAAAUUCCACGAGUAGAUUGUAAGGCAUUUGUCGAUCCUUUGAUACCUCUUCUGGUCGAUGCGUUGAAAAGCGACCAUGUCAAGGUAACGACGGUGGCUAUGAAAUGUAUAGCGACAUUGUGGACUAUAAGAGUUAGUACACCAACUCUAGAAGAAAUGGCUAAAGACAUUGUUAAGACGAUCUUUUCGAUACUACACAAGUAUGCAACGUUUGAAAUAAGCAAACAAAACGACAAUUACCAUUUAGUUCGAAACGCAUUUAAGGCUGUAACAGUACUUGUUAGGAACGUGAAAUAUUUCACGCUAGAAGCAGAACAGUUAAAAACGCUCCUACUCUACGCUGAAGAAGACUGCCAAAAUGAUGAACGUCAAUCCAAUUCGUUUUCAUUAUUAAAAGCAAUAUUAGAAGCGAAGCUAGUGUCGCCUGAAUUGCAUGAAGUUAUGCAAAAAGUGUCCAAAAUAUGCAUCCUAAGCGAAUCAGCUAGGUCGAGAGAAGAGGCGCGUGGAAUAUUCGUUAGCUACCUAACUCAUUACACGCCCGGUAAACGAUUGGAGAAGUACAUACAAUUCUUUAUAACACAACUUAACUACGAGCUUCAACACGGCAGAGAGUCCUCUUUGAAGUUUUUAGACAUGAUCAUCGUUAAACUUAAUGUGGAUCAACUAAAAAGCCACGGCGACUACAUUUUUCUGUCUCUGGGUGCGUGUAUGCUAAACGAUAGUGCCCCGGAGUGUCGUCAGGCCGCCGCUGGUUGUAUCGAAUCUAUGCUGAAGAAGUUUCCGGCUAUCGAGAGGAACAAACUAUUUGAAUUAGUGCUCGCUUUCUUUAAAGACACUCAGCCUAUACAUUUUGAACUAGCAGCUCAACUGUGUAUUCGUUUCGUUAACGUCGAGGAAGACAAAUUCCAAAGUCGCUUAAGCAGCGUACUUUCAACAAUUAGCGGUAAAAUACUUUUACUAAGCAACAACAUUACAGAAGGUCGAUUCGUUAAAAUAAAACUAGAUGAAAGCGGCAAAGACGACGAUGAGAAACAAAAAGAACGCGACCAUUGCUUGAUACAAAUGUUGAACUUAAUCGAUACGAUCACAAUACAUUGCCCGGCGAGUAUGAAUAAUAAGAAAUUUUCGAGCGAUUAUGAUGAAAUAGCGGAGCAAUGUAAAGCGUUGUUGGCCUACCCUCAUUCUUGGGUGAGGUUGAGAGCGGUUAAAAUUUUGGGUACAAUUUUGUCAGCGAUAAAUGUUGAAGAGCUAAACGAGAUUUCGAAAGAAAAUGAGUGUGAAAGAGGCUUCAUUUUUGAUGAUACUGAGAAUUGUAUAAAAAGUCUUGUACUAGAUUUAUGCGCACAGUACACGCCAAAUGUAUCUCAAGAUAUGGCAGAUCAGGUGACAGACGUGUUAUUCCGUAUAUUAAAAUUAGUGAACGAAAUGCCGAGAUUCAAAAUUUCGAAAAAAUCUCAAUCGGAAGAUACUGAGGAAUCGAAAGUCAAUAUAAGAUGGAUACUGUUCAAAUUGCGGAAGGCUGUUAACGUCGAAGUGGUCAAAGCACCUAAUUGUAUGAACAUUAGAUCCGCCAUAUUCACAAUGUGGUUACACGUCAUCAGUUCUUUAUCUCCUCAAGAAUUACUAACAGUAAUCGAUGUAUUACUACCGCCGAUCGUUCGAGAACUUUCGACCGGUGAAGGUAUGGCGGCUACACCUGCGAAACAAUUGGCGGGAAGAUUGGGCAAGAAAUUAAGAAGAAAAAUAGGUGAUAUUGAGUACAGCAAGAUGGCGGCUGAUGCUCAGACUAAGCUGAAUAUUAAAAGAGCGGAAAGGAAAAAGUUGCUGCUACAAGAGAAGGUCAACAAUCCAGAAAAGGCAGCAAAGAGAAAACUCCAUUUGCGCGAAAAGAAGAAACAGGCAAAGAAAAUUAAAUUAGAAAUGUUACACGGAAAGAGGCCGAGAGCUAAGAAACGUAAGGCGGAAGAUAUUGACAUAGAGGACGAGUUGUUAAACGAUAAUGGGGAGUGAAGAAUUUAAUUUAUAAUCUGUUUAGUUAUAUUAUGCAAACUUUUUUAAAUUACAAAAUGUAUUUUUAUCUUGUACAUAUAAGUUAAUAAGUUUCCACAUUUUGUAAUGUGUAAAAAAUAUAUAUGUAUUUAAUGUUUA